AUUACGGACAGUCACCUCUAAUUCCAGCCGACCUCCCUCGACCAUUGACCGGCCUGCUCGUCGCCCACCCAUUGGAAUCCAUCUGGAAGAGCUAGCAGCAGCAAGAGGACACCAUGCCGGCUCAGGAGAAGGUCUCCGACGAGGAGAAGAAGGUCGCCCAGCUGGGCUCCGGUUCGGGCGAUACCGCCUCAGAUGAUACCGCCGAUGGAGAUGAGUAUUCGAUGCUGAUCAAGUAUAUCGAUGAAUCCGCUGCCCAAAAGAAGAAAGCCGCACUCGACGGCGGAGACGAAGAAGAGGGCGAAUACACAGAAAAGCGAGUAUGGUAUGCACCGUGGAAGAAGACGCGGACGUCUGUCGGCGGCGCAGCUGUCACGGAGGAUAUGCUCACGGCUGACAUGCUCAAAGGUCUCGACCAAUCAGAGGCCGAUGCUCGCCUGAAGCGAUUCGGCUUCAACGAGCUCGACGCAAGGCGAGAGAACAUGUUUAUCAAGUUCCUCAGCUUCUGGCGUGGUCCCAUUCUAUAUGUCAUGGAACUUGCGGUCUUGCUCGCUGCCGGUCUGCGAGACUGGAUCGACUUCGGUGUCAUCAUUGGUAUUCUAGCACUCAACGCAUUUGUCGGCUUUAUUCAAGAAAAGGCUGCCGGCGAUAUCGUCGAGAAGCUCAAGUCAGGUAUCGCACUUCGCGCAACGGUCAUCCGAAACGGGGAAGAACACGAAAUCGAAGCCAGAGACCUCGUGCCAGGUGACAUUGUCGUCGUUGAAGAAGGUCAGACUGUGCCCGCAGACGGUCGUAUCCUUGCCGAAUACAACGAUAAGGAUCGCUCGAAGGCGAAACAAAUCACCGAGCGCCGCGAAGCCUCGAGCAAGAAGAACAAGGCAAACCCGGAUGGCGAUGCUGAUGACGAAGGCGACGAGUCAUACGUCGAUAAAGGCCCGUCGGUUGCUUCCCUUGAUCAGGCUGCUAUCACUGGUGAAUCUCUUGCUGUCGACAAAUACAUUGGCGACGAAUGCUUCUUCACUUGCGGUGUCAAGCGUGGUAAGGUCUACCUCGUCGUCACAAACACUGCCAAGUCAACUUUCGUCGGCAAGACUGCAUCUCUCGUCACCGGUACCAACGACAAGGGUCAUUUCAAGAUUGUCAUGGACCAGAUCGGUACCUCCCUCCUCGUUCUCGUUAUUCUCUUCGUCUUCAUCGUCUGGAUCGGUGGCUUCUUCCGCAAUGUCGGUAUCGCUACGCCCAAGGAGAACAACUUGCUGGUCUACACGCUUAUCUUCAUGAUUAUUGGUGUUCCCGUCGGUCUGCCUUGCGUCACCACUACUACACUCGCCGUCGGUGCAUCUUUCCUCGCCCGUCAGCAAGCGAUCGUUCAAAAACUCACUGCUAUCGAGUCGCUUGCCGGUGUCGACAUCCUGUGCUCAGAUAAGACCGGUACUUUGACUGCCAACAAGCUCUCCAUCAACGAGCCUUUCGUGAGCGAGGGCGUCGAUGUCAACUGGAUGAUGGCUGUCGCUGCCCUUGCAUCAUCUCACAACACCAAGUCACUUGAUCCCAUCGAUAAGGUCACUAUCCAGACGCUCAAGGACUAUCCCAAAGCAAAAGAAAUUCUGUCACAAGGCUGGACGACUCAAAAGUUCCAGCCCUUCGAUCCCACUUCCAAGCGAAUUACUGCCGAGGUCACUCGCGAUGGCAAAAAGUACACUGCUGCAAAGGGCGCUCCCUCUGCCAUUCUCAAGCUCGCCAGCCCAUCCAAGGCUGCCAUUCAACAGUACAAGGCAACGACCAGCGACUUCGCUAAGCGCGGUUUCCGUUCGCUCGGUGUCGCCAUGAAGGAAGAAGGUCAGGACUGGCAACUGCUCGGUCUCUUGCCCAUGUUCGAUCCUCCUCGCUCGGAUACUGCCAACACGAUUGCCGAAGCUCAAGAAUUGGGUAUCAAGAUCAAGAUGCUGACUGGUGAUGCUACUGCCAUUGCUGUCGAAACUUGCAAGAUGCUGUCCAUGGGCACCAACGUCUUCGACAGCGCCCGUCUCCUCAACAGCGGUCUGACCGGUUCCAAGUUGCACGACUUCGUUCUCGCUGCCGAUGGCUUCGCUGAAGUCGUUCCCGAACACAAGUACCAAGUCGUUCAGAUGUGCCAGGCUCGUGGCCAUUUGACUGCAAUGACGGGUGACGGUGUCAACGAUGCACCCUCGCUCAAGAAGGCCGAUUGUGGUAUUGCCGUCGAAGGCGCAUCAGAUGCUGCCCGCGCAGCCGCUGAUGUCGUCUUCCUCGACGAAGGUCUCUCUACAAUCAUUACCGCCAUCAAGGUCUCCCGUCAGAUCUUCCACCGCAUGAAGGCCUACAUCAUCUACCGUAUCGCCCUCUGUUUGCAUCUCGAAAUCUACCUCAUGCUGUCGAUUCUCAUCAAGAACGAAGUCAUCCGCGUCGAUCUCAUCGUCUUCAUUGCCAUCUUUGCCGAUGUUGCCACUCUUGCCAUCGCAUACGACAACGCACCUUACGCCAAGAAGCCCGUCGAAUGGCAGCUCCCCAAGAUCUCUGUCAUCUCCACCGUUCUCGGCAUCUUGCUCGCGGCAGGCACCUGGAUCAUCCGCGGCACGCUCUUCCUUGAAGGCGGAGGUGUCAUCGCCAACUUCGGUUCAGUCCAAGAAAUUCUCUUCCUCGAGGUUGCAUUGACCGAGAACUGGCUUAUCUUCUUGACCCGUACCAACCAAGGCCGAGACGGUGGCGAGUUCAUCUGGCCUUCCUGGCAAUUGGUCGGCGCCGUCCUUGCUGUCGAUGCCAUCGCUACGAUCUUCUGUCUCUUCGGCUGGCUCUCUGGUGCUGCUGGCGAGAACGGCCAGACAUUCGCUCGCAAUGGUGACGGCUGGACUGAUAUCGUUACUGUCGUCCGUGUCUGGGGCUUCUCGCUCGGUGUCAUGCUCGUCCUCACGCUGGUCUACUUCCUGCUCAACAAGAUCGAAUGGCUCGAUAACCUUGGCCGAACGGAUCGCGGCAAGAAGAACAGCAAGAUGGAGGAUUUCCUGACUCAGCUUCAGCAGCUCACCAUCGUGCACAACCGCAGCGAUUCGCACGAUUUCUAUACCGUCGGCAAUUCCGCUCCGGAGUCUCGAGACGAUCCACAUCACGGAUGAAAACUUAUAGAACAAACGUGAACCGCUGUCUGGUUUCUUGUAUUAUUCGCACUUCAUCGCCUAAAUGAAUGCAAUCUCGUCUUGUCGGA